CUGCGGCAGCCCGCCCUGCGCCCCUGGCGGCCGGGCCUGGCGGGGGGCAGAGCCGGAGCGGCCCCCGCAGGACCACAGCACGGACAGCGGGAACAGAAUCACCCAGAUGACCCAGGACAUGGCCGAGGAGGUGCUCCUGAUGGCUCAGAGUCUACGGAGCAGAGGGCGCCUCCUGACCAAAGAGCAGCUCAUCGCCUCUGCCAGGAAAGUUGCGACAUCUGGACAGGACUUCGCCAGGCUCACCCGCAUCAUUGCGAAGAACUGCAUCGACCACAGGUGUUCUCAGGAGCUCCUGUGUGCUGUGGAGCAGAUCCAGACCCUGAGCAACCAGCUCCGCAUCAUCUCCAGUGUCAAGGCUUCGUUGGCCAGAAGCAAGUCCUCUGAGGAGCUCCUGCUGGGAAACGCACAGCAGCUCCUCCGGGCCGUCUCCAAGACUGUGAGGGCUGCAGAGGCUGCGAGUCUCAGGGGUUUGAGACAGCUGUCCUCCGAGGCGGAGGAGCGGGAAGUUGCCGCCUUCUGCAUGCAGUGGAGAAGGAAACUGCUGCAGCACCGGCUUCAGGAAACCUCCAGCCGGGACUGCGAUGAGCUGGGCCUGCGGAAAACCAGCACGAAAGCUCCCCCCACGCUCGCAGCCCUACUACCAGAGCAUUACGAAAGCUGAGAAUUGUUCUCCCAGAUGCUCUCCGACACUGGCCCUGAGGCUCUCUCUGGUCGCCAUGGGAACCAGCCUGUG